UUUAAAGUUGUUCUAAGCAAAAACAAAAGAGAAACAACAUAAACUUGCAAGGCAAUAGAGUUGAUUAUAUAGUUAACAAGUUAUCAUAAUGGCUUCAUUAUAUAGCUUGAACACUUUAGCCAUUGUUGCUUUUGCACUUGCUUUCUUGGUACAACUCACUUUAGGGCAUAUUGCGUGCGAGAAUUUGAAUGAAGAUUCUUGUGCCUUUGCAAUAUCAAGCACGGGUAAGCGUUGUGUUUUAGAGAAACAUGUUCGUAGGAGUGGUGAAGAAGUAUAUAUAUGCCGAACAUCAGAAAUUGAGUCUGAUAAACUCAAGGAUUGGAUUGAAACUGAUGAAUGUAUUGAGGCGUGUGGCGUAGAUAGAAAUGCCCUUGGCAUUUCUUCUGACGCUCUGCUUGAGUAUCGUUUUACUAGAAAACUCUGUUCCUCUGCUUGCUACAACAACUGUCCUAACAUUAUUGAUCUCUACUUCAAUCUUGCUGCUGGUGAAGGUGUAUAUCUACCCAAGUUAUGUGCAGAGCAAAAGGGAAAAGGACGUCGUGAAAUGGCUGAGAUCAGAAGCUCGGGAUUUGUUGCACCAGCACCGGAAUCAGAAGUCAAGCCCCUUAAUUUCAUGGUUGCUCCUGCAAUGCCUCCAUUCUAAAUUCGAUAAAGCUUAUUACAUUAGCUUAGUUACAAGUGGUAAAGUAAAAUAAGUACUCUGGGUUUGGCCCAGUUGAUAGCAUAUAGUUGUAUCGUUCUGUGGUUUGUUAGUAUUUCACAAGGCAGGUGGAGAAAUGCUUCAGAGAUCUACAAAUGCAUUCACUCUGCUGGGCCUAUUUCAAUCUUUUAUUAUAAUGGAGUAUAGAUAAUGUUUAAUAGCAAUGGGGGUACUUCAUUGA